AUGGUAUAUUUUAUAGGGAUGAAGAUUAUGUACUAUAAUAAGGAUAUAAACUUGCAUAAGCUGAAGUAUGAACUUGAGCUUCUGAAGAGAUUUGAGCUGAUGGAUUAUAAGUCUGCAAUCACACCUGUUGAGAUAAAUCACAAGUUGGAUUUUGAUGUUAAGGGUGAUGAUGCAAAUGCUACAACUUUUAAACAUUUGAUAGACGCAUUGAGAUAUCUCUAUAAUACCAGACCUGACAUUUACCGUGCAGUCAGAAUGGUGAGUAGGUUUAUGAAUAAAUCAAAGUGGUCACAUUACCAAGCUAAUGUCAGGAUACUGAGGUGUAUUAAAUGGACUCUGAAAUAUGAAGUUUUGUUCCUUUCUGAUGUUGAAAUUGAUUCAAAGCUGAUAUGUUAUUCAGACUCUGAUUGGUGUGGAGACAAAGUUGACAGAAGAAGUACUUUUAGAUAUCUUUUCAAGUAUCUGGGAGGUCCUAUUUCUUGGUGCUCCAAGAAGAAACCAGUGAUUGCAUUGUCAACCUAUGAAGUUGAAUACAUUGCAGGUGCUUUGACAACUUGCCAAGCUGCUUGA